AUGAAUGAAGCAAUCCAAGAUACGAACCAAGCUCGGCAAGCUCGAUAUCUUCAUUAUGUGGAUCCAGGUUGCUCGGGUCCUCCCCCAACGGUCGAACUGGUUUGUGACGGAGAGAUUCAAGUUACUCAAGUGUCGGAUCCUUCCAUUGUUUGUACUCCCAAUGUUGAUGGGACCAGUGUGACAUGUGUUACUAUCUGCGACGAAACGUCUAAUUGCGACCAAAGCUACGUGUACCUCGAAUCUUCUAGUAUCGAAGGACCCGAUGCCCAAUUUGCCGAAAUCCAGUUUGACUGUCGAGGCGAUGUUCUCGGAGAUAUUGAAGCUUCGUUGACGUUUCUCGGUGGCUCAGCCGGAUCUUGUGAUUCUGCCGACGACGUGAACGUUCAUGUCGCUCAGUUGGGCAUUGACUGUGGAUCCGGUAGUACAUCAUCGUUUUCAUUUGACGACAAGGAUUUUGAAUGUGGUCUUGGAAAUGCCGUUGAUAAAUUGGAGGACAGGUACUCGUGCAAAACUGCCAACACGCCAAUUUGCAGUAGUAGCACCAGCACGGAUUGUUUGGUCGAAUUUGACGAUUUGUUCCUGGCUUCGGACCAUGUCAAUUUUGAUUAUCAAGCCUGUGUACAGGCGUUUAACGGGGCCACCUUUCCGGCGGAUGACACCCGCACCACUACCAUUGAGACUCAACAACCUGGAAAGUUCUCGGCUGUUUUCGAAGCAAAGUGGCAGUUGGCCUUGGAUACCACCGUUUGUGGAGGAGAUUAUACAGGUCGACGACUGUCCUGUCUCAACGGGAACAUUACCUUGGUGGAAACUCUACAAGACACCGUGUCUUGUAGCAGCGUUAGUGACAAUAUCUUGGAAUGUGAAGACACGGCUGCCACGCAUUUCGUCAAUGGCUUUACCGGUGUCGCGUUUCAAUGCAACUCGACCAAUGCCCUUCCACAAGCCCAGGCAGAAUAUCUUCCCGCCGAUUCUCUCUGCGUGGCAGAGGAAGAUAUGUCUGUGGCGCACUACAUUCAGCUCGGAGUCCGUUGUGAGGAACCAGGGGGCAACGUUGUGACGUCCUUUGAUGAUUAUCUCUUCGAAUGCGGCCUCACCAACGAGUUUGACGUUUUCAAUAAUACGUAUACCUGUGUUUCGGCGGCCCAUUUUUCGGCGGGGGUCAAUCAGGGCACAUCGCGAAUUUCCAGCACAACAAUCCACACCGACAUGGGAUGGGCGCAAGGAGUCAGUCAGAAUUGUUAUACCCAGGAAGAAGUCCCCUGUGCUCUUUCCCUUUUCGGAAUUGGAUUUGGGUGUUCCGAGACUGCACCGGCGCCACCACCAGGGGGUGGCCAAACCUCCGGAUCUCACAUUCCUCUCACGUUUGCACCCACACCGCCCACUGGCCCGGGGGCAAGCACUACUCCUGCUCCCAGGCCUCCCUCCUCCGGCAUUCCGCUCACAUUUGCACCAACGGGGCCAACGCCACGACCUCCCGCGUCGGCACUGCCUCUCACGUUUGCUCCAACCCCCACGAGUGCACCAGCUACAACACCAACCACCGAAGCUCCGUUAGGCGACAUGGAAUUUGUGCAACCUCCACCGGGGACGAUCUACCACGUGGAUUAUCAACUGCGCUUCAAACGGGUGCUCGAUCCCCUUUGUGAUGGACCGGAGCGGGAACAAUUUGCAGUCCAAUGUGAAUCCGGUGAGCUUGAGGUUCUCGGUACAUCGGAUCCUUCCAUUGUUUGCACACCACCCCAACCAAGAACAACAUCAACCCAAGGCAUGUUUGCUUUCUGUGAAUUCGAAUGCCGAUCGGAUGUGUGCAAGGAUGCAUCAUUUGUGGAAAUCAAUCCGCCCGUAGAUCCACUGACGAAUGACUGGACUGCCAACGAAGAGUUUGCAUCGAUUGAAUUCCGAUGCUCUUUGGAAGACGACGUGGACGGCGUAGACGCGGCAGCUUGGAUCUAUGGAACUGAGACUACACUAGAGUUUGGAACAUGUACCGGUGAUGCCGUUGCUCGAGGCCGCAAUGCUGCAUGGGGUCAGCUCAACGUCCUAUGUCCUGAUGAAAAGGAUCCCACGGUGUACUCCUACUCAAACGAUGACCAUUACCUUGACUGUACGAGUAACUUUCUACCCUACGAUGUCAACGGCAAUUACUCCUGCGUCACUGGGCAAUUUUUUUGCCCCGAUGGAGACUUUUGCAGAAUCGAGUACGAUCAGAUUACCUUUACGGCAGACCACCAUCGAUAUCAAGAGUGCAUCCAAACCAACAACGGCUCGCCUGUGCCACAGCCAGAUGUUCCGUUCAUGGUGAUGAGGACACCAGGGACGUACACUGCGCGCUUUGGUGCCUCCUGGGCGUUCACUUACGAUGAGGAUGUAUGUUCGGGGCGCUACACAGGUCUCCGUGUUACUUGUCCCAAUGGAGUCAUAGAUCUGAUUGAAAGCACUCAAGAUUGCGAAGUGGUGGCGGAUAAUGAGAUUGAAUGCACGGAGACACGUCUGAGCUUUACCUCUGUGUACGUGUACGAGGACUUCGUGAUAUAUGAAUGCACGAGUGUGGACGAGACGCCAACCGCUCGUGCAGAGUACUUCCCUACGGAUGUUUCUUGUUCAUCAAAUGCGACGGUCUCGCGGUUCCUCACUCCCGGUCUCUGGUGUGGUGAUCUCGGUGACCAGAGCUUUAGCUACUCGGACACUGCUUGGGAGUGUGGUAAGGACAACGAACACACCCUGACUAGUGGUGCCUUCCGUUUCACUUGCUUUGAGGCAAGAGAUGUAUCCAGUAACACCAUCAACGCGGUGAUUGAGCUCCCCAGCAUCACCGCGGAAACGGACUACCGUUGGGCCAGCUUCCCGAGUGAGCUUUGUUACAGAGUUUCUCGUUCAACGAGUAGUAACGGAGCCUCCGUGGCGAAGUCUGCGUCGGUGCCUGCCAUAGACAAGAGCCAAGGGACACCCGCUUCGGCUGCUACUCCGGUGAUGGACAGCGGUCAAGGUACCGGUGGCGAAGAAAGCGACCCAAUUGCGGGCCUUCUGCUGUCAAGAGCGGGCCGUCUCUCGGUAAGGAAAUCUGCGAUGGUUUCAAUGGUUCUAAUAGGAUGGGCGCUUGCUUAAUCUGGCAUCGCUUGGGCCGGUGAUUCAAUUAAUUUUUCUCCGCACUUUUCGCCUCCUCACGUCUGCACAUUUUCCGCUAAGCGGACAAGGCAGGACGAGGUUUUCUUCAUGUAUGUAUUAGUUUAGCUAUUAGUUUUACGGCGUUUUUCUUAACUCUAUGCAACAAAC